GUCAGUGACCUUGUGCAUCUUGCUUCCCCUUAGAGGACAAUGACCAGACUCUGGUUCCUGCUGUUUCUCUCUGUGGCCACCAGAGGGUGCAGUGCAGGCAAAUCUCUCAUGGCAGCAGACAAAACCUGUGCCUCUUCCUUUUCUUCCCUGCCCAGAAGCUGCAAGGAAAUCAAAGAAAGGUGCUGUAGAACAGGUGAUGGCCUGUAUUUCCUCCACGCCAAGAAUGGUGUCGUCUACCAGACCUUCUGUGACAUGACCACUGGGGGUGGUGGCUGGACCCUGGUGGCCAGCGUGCAUGAGAACAACAUGUAUGGGAAGUGCAUGGUGGGCGAUCGCUGGUCCAGUCAGCAGGGCAACAGAGCAGACUCCCCAGAGGGGGACAACAACUGGGCCAACUACAACACCUUUGGGUCUGCAGAGGCGGCCACAAGUGACGAUUACAAGAACCCUGGCUACUACGACAUCCAGGCCCAGGACUUGAGCAUCUGGCACGUGCCCAACAAGUCCCCCCUGCAACACUGGAGGAACAGCUCCCUGCUGAGUUACCACACCGAAACUGGCUUCUUCCAGCCUGGACAUAAUCUGUUUGGCCUCUACCAGAAAUACCCAGUGAAAUAUGGAUCAGGGAAAUGUUGGAAUGACAAUGGCCCGGCCAUACCUGUGGUCUAUGACUUUGGUGACGCUCAGAAAACUGCAGCUUAUUGCUCACCGUGUGGUCAGCGAGAAUUUGUUGCAGGAUUCAUCUAGUUCAGGGUGUUUAAUGGACAGAAGGCAGCCAACGCCCUGUGUGCUGGGAUGAGAGUUACUGGCUGUAACACUGAGCACCACUGCAUCAGAGGAGGAGGGUUCUUCCCAGAGGGCAAGCCCCGCCAGUGUGAGGAUUUCUCUGCCUUUGGCUGGAGUGGAUAUGGGACUCACAUUCACUGCAGCUGUAGCCGGCUGAUAACAGAGGCGACUGUGCUCUUCUUGUUCUACAGAUGAGAGAGCUCUGUGGUGGUGUGGGACCCAGAACCUGCCUCCUAACU